UUUAUGCGUGUGUGUGUGUGCGUGUUUGUGUGUUAAUGCGUGAGCGCAAAAGAAAAGAGAGAGCGAGGGCGAACGCGUGUGUCCAGCGCCGUCUCUCCCCUCAACCGAAGAUGGCGGUGUCCGUGUUCCCCGGCGUGCGACUCCUUUCUAUCGGAGACGCCAAUGGAGAUAUACAGCGACAUUCGGAGCAGCAGCCUCUACGGCUGGAGGUGAAAACCACGCAGGAUGCGGCCCUGGUUAACCUCACUAACGCUGAGGAGACGUGUGUGUUCAAGUGCUCGGUGUCAUCGGAGACAGAGUGCAGCCGCGUGGGAAAGCAGUCCUUCAUCAUCACCUUGGGCUGCAACAGCGUCCUGCUGCAGUUCUCCUCUCCUACAGAUUUCUCCUCCUUCUACAACACCCUGAAGACCUGCCGGGGUCACAGUGCGGAGAGAUCGGCCUUCAGCGAGCGGACAGAGGAGUCCUCUGCUGUGCAGUACUUCCAGUUCUACGGCUACCUCUCCCAGCAACAGAACAUGAUGCAGGACUACGUCCGGACCGGAACCUACCAGCGGGCCAUCCUGCAGAACCACCUGGACUUCAAGGACAAGGUGGUGCUGGAUGUGGGCUGCGGGUCUGGGAUCCUCUCCUUCUUUGCGGCACAAGCAGGGGCACGGAAGGUGUACGCUGUGGAGGCCAGCACCAUGGCCCAACAUGCAGAGGUCCUGGUGAACAGCAACGGGCUGACAGACCGCGUGGUGGUGAUCCCUGGGAAGGUGGAGGAGGUGUCCCUGCCCGAGCAGGUCGACAUCAUCAUCUCCGAGCCAAUGGGCUACAUGCUGUUUAACGAGCGCAUGCUGGAGAGCUACCUGCAUGCCAAGAAGUUCCUGAAGCCCAGCGGUAACCUGUUCCCCACCAUUGGGGAUGUUCACCUGGCACCCUUCACUGACGAGCAGCUCUACAUGGAGCAGUUUACCAAGGCCAACUUCUGGUAUCAGCCCUCCUUCCACGGCGUGGACCUCUCUGCGCUCCGAGGAGCUGCUGUGGACGAGUAUUUCCGCCAGCCAGUCGUGGACACCUUUGAUAUCCGGAUCCUGAUGGCCAAGUCAGUGAAGUACACCGUCAACUUCCUGGAGGCCAAAGAAGAGUCCCUGUACAGGAUAGAGAUCCCGUUCAAGUUCCACAUGCUGCAGUCCGGCCUGGUGCACGGUCUGGCCUUUUGGUUCGACGUUGCCUUCAUCGGCUCAACGACGACCGUGUGGCUGUCCACAGCGCCCACGGAGCCCCUGACCCACUGGUACCAGGUGCGCUGUUUGCUGCAGUCGCCCCUCUUCGCCAAGGCAGGGGACACGCUGACUGGAACAGCCCUGCUCAUCGCUAACAAGAGGCAGAGCUAUGAUAUCAGCCUUGUUGCUCAAGUUGACCAGACUGGUUCCAAGUCCACUAAUCUCCUGGAUCUGAAGAACCCAUUUUUCAGGUACACGGGGGCCACCCCGGCUCCGCCCCCUGGGUCACACUAUACCUCCCCCUCUGAGAGCAUGUGGAACACCGGGGGGUCUUACAACAUGAAUCAGCCUAUGGCUGGGUCAGGGAUGCCGACGGCUUAUGACCUCAGCACAGUCAUCGGCGGCGGUUCAGGGGGCUCUGCAGCGUCCCACAACAACCUCAUCCCCCUUGCGAACACCGGGAUUGUGAAUCACACACCAUCCAGAGUGGGCUCCAUCAUGAGCACAGGAAUAGUCCAGGGAGCUUCAGCUGGCCAAUCUGGACACGGCGGCAGCAGCAGCACCUACUACCCUGCAAACAGCCAGUUCUCCAUGGGGGGGCCCGCCUUCUCCAUGGCCUCCCCAAUGUCUGUGCCCAGCAACACCAUGCACUACGGGAGCUAAGGCCACUCGCCCAUCCCCCGUCAGAAUGAGCAAACCAAAACCAGAACUGCCAUUUUCACCCCUCCUAUCCCUUUCUGCCCUGCUCUGACCCAACCCCCAACCCCCAACCCCCAACCCCCAACCCCCAACCCCUAAACCCUAAACCCCAUUUCAUCUGUCCAGUCCUCAAUAUUUUCAUAUUGCUGCAGUCUGUGCACCUCCUGUCCACUAGGUGGCAGCGCUGUUCAGCUAAUUAUGUUGACGGGCACUUUCUGCCACAUGAACGUUUGCGCUUCUUGGACUGGGCUGGUUCACUUACGUCGUUUUUAAACGCUUUACACGCACGCACGCACACACACUAGAUGCACCAAAAGGACUUUGACUCGCUGUAGACUUGGAUAGAAGAAACUGCUGAUUCCUCCUCACCCUGCAUACACCCCCUCCUCUGCCAUGAACUCUGCCCUUCCCCCUCACUGAAGUUAUAUCAUCUGAGCAUAUCUUUCCAGCUCCACCUCUGGACUCGCCUUUCACACUGCUCAGCAGGGGUUCUUCUGGGUUUUACCUGUUUCUAUCAUGUUAUUUUUUUUUGUUGUUUUCCAUGCCAAUUUUGGUUUAUAAGCUCCUGCCGCCGUGACCGUAGAGAUCCUUGGACUUUCCGAGUUGCAGCGCACCCGGCAUGCUUGUGGCUGCCCUCUUGCGAGAACUGUACACGAGCAGCAUCAGAGCUGGGUCAGCCCAAGCUGUGUCCAAAUGGCCGAUGCCGUCCCCCCCCCCACCCCCUCCCUUCCGGGCCUCUACCCUUGCCAUAGGAACUGCCUGACCGCCCGACUGCUCAGCCAAUGACCUUUGACUGUGGUUACAGUUGGACCCCUGAGCCAAUUUCUCUGAAGGUGUGGAAGAAGGGCUGUGAAAGCCAACAGGAAGGGGCGGAGCUUUGACAUGAUACGCAGGUGGAAACUUCCAUCUGUGAGCCGGGGAGCUGUUAGCAUCAGCAGCAAUUGUUUACACCCCCCCCCCCCCCUCCACCCAACACCCUCCCCACCCCCCUCACCCUGUGUCUCUAGGCAUUUGGGAUUGUGUGACUGGUGUGUGUUGACCCCGGAUUGGAGAGGAGGGCCAGUGAACUCCCAUCACCUAAAACCAGCCCCCUCCUCCCUCACCCCAUUACAUGCAUAGAGUCAUGAGGCCUGCUCCUCAUCUCCUCUCCAAACAGGCUAAUGUUGUUGCCCCAGCAACCGACAGACUGUGAAAAGGACCUGUGCGUCGUUCCAGUCACACAUGCGGACUCCAAAAUGCAUUUUAUUCGAUUGAACAACUAUCAAGAUGGGGGGG